UUAGUUGAUGAGAUAAAGGGAGGAGAAGAGAGGGAUUUGGUUGAUGAUAAAAGGAGGAGAAGAGAGGGAUUUAGUUGAUGAGAUAGAGGGAGGGGAUGAAGGGAGAGAAGAUGUUUCUGCAGUCUCUCAUCCUGUCCAUCGCCCUGUGCUGCUCAGCUGAAGACCUGACGCCUCCAUCCAUGUACCUGAACUUUGACCUGAUCCUAAACAACUCGGAGCACACGCUGGCUGCCCGCUCUGACUUCACUCUGCGCUGUCGCGUCAAUGGCUUGACGGUGCCGGUCCACUGGUCCAGUUCGGCGUUCCGUCUGCGGUACCAAGAACGGCUGACAGACACACUGGUGAUCCCCGCGGCAGAGCCGAGACACACUGGGACCUACCACUGUGGGUACCGAAACCAGAGUCUGGCCCACCUGGAGUCUUGGGUUCACAUUUACAUAAGAGACCCCACCCACCAUGCGAGUGUGUUCGUCACCCCCCGCAGAAUCCCUGAAAUGAAGGAGGGACUGGACUUCUUGUUUGAGUGCCUGCUGACUGAUCCAUCGUUCACUGACCUGGCCUUCCGAUUGGCGGAGGACAGUGGCAGUGGGCGGGGUCUGCCGAGGGGCAUGGACGUGACGUUUGAGCGACGAAGGGGAGUUUUGAUCCGGGAUUUAAGGCUUGCUUACAAUGGGGUCUAUGUCUGUACUGCCAGGAAAGAUGGCCAAGAACUUACCUCCUCUGAACUGAACUUAAUAGUGAUAGCAAGGCUGCGUUCACCGCCAUCUGUGUCUCUCAGUCAGAGAGAGUUUGUUCGUUUGAAAGGAGAAAGGUUUGACGUGAGCUGCCACACCAGUAACCCCAACCACUUCUACAACGUCACCUGGACACACCCACACAUACAGAUGGUGAAUGUGUCAGUGCAGCAUCAGUACCGGGACAAGUCUGUGUACAUCAGCAGCUCUCUGUCUGUGGCGUCUGUGGACCAAAGACACGCUGGAAUCUUCUCCUGUUCUGCAACCAACGAAGCAGGAAGUACCACAGAAAGAGCUGUACUACGUGUCCCAGACCAUCCCUACCUGCAGGUCUACCUGCUGCCUGUGCAGCAUGCUAACGUUAGCAUGUCGCCUGUGCAGCGUGCUGACGUCAGCGGCGGGAAAGCCAGAGGAGAGCUGCUGGCUAGAACGGAAGUGGGCGGUGCUUGGUGCGCGCGUGUUCGCGGUGGUGAGAAGUGGAGGAAGGCCGGAUGUGUGAGCAGAGUGGAGGUGUACGAGGGCCAGGAUGUGAACCUAACAUUUGCGAUGGAGGCCUACCCACCCCUCCUCCGCCAGUGGUGGAGUACGCCACCCCAGCACAACAGCACAAAGCACCAGGAGAGCUACUCCAACAUCACCGACAGGUACACGGCCAGCAUCCUGCUGAGCAGAGUCCGACAUGAGGACCGAGGGAGAUUCUCCUUCCACUUCUACUCCUUGUUUUUCAACGGCUCCCUGAACCUCGACCUCCGAGUUUACAAGGCUCCUAGUGCUGUGGUCAAACGGAAAAAUGGCACUUUGACCUGUAGCAGCUCUGGAUACCCAUUACCCACCAUCACAUGGUACAUCUGCCCUGGCGUCAUGAACACAUGUGAAGACAACACCACCUUCCAGGUGACUCCUGCUGACAGGCGCUCCCACAUGGAGGAGGAGGUGGAAGAGGUACUCAAUGUUCUGUCCCCUGCUGAAGAUGUCAUGGUGGAAUGUGUAGCCUCCAGUCAUGUGGGGAUGUCACGGGACUUCUUCAUCUCCUAUGUCCCCUUGGCCAAUAAAAGAGGGAUCUCUACAUUUUUCACCCCGACUCUGAUUGGAGCAUCUGCUGCUGCCACCGUGCUCUUCCUGCUCCUGUUGGUCCUGCUGUACAAGUACAGACAGAAGCCCAAAUAUGAGAUUCGAUGGAAGAUCAUCGAGAGUAACCAUGGCAACAGUUACACCUUCAUUGACCCGACCCAGCUACCCUACAACCAGAAGUGGGAGUUUCCUAGAGACAGACUUCGCCUCGGGGCAGUGCUGGGUGCAGGAGCCUUUGGGAAAGUGGUGGAGGCUACAGCUUAUGGGUUGGGAACAGAAGACAACGUGACCCGUGUGGCCGUCAAGAUGCUCAAACCAAGUGCUCACUCAGAGGAGAGAGAGGCUCUGAUGUCAGAACUGAAGAUUCUUAGCCAUCUUGGUUUCCAUGACAAUAUUGUCAACCUGUUGGGCGCCUGCACCCGAGGAGGACCUACGCUGAUGAUUACAGAGUACUGUAGCUAUGGUGACCUGCUCAACUUCCUGCGGGAUCAUGCCCAGGACUUCGUGGCGGCCAUUUUGAGUGUGAGGGAGGUGGAUGAGGAAUGGGAGCUUUAUAAGAACAUGGCUGCCCUGCAGGCUCGAGUCAGGAGUGACAGUGGCAUCUCGGGCGUUUCAGAAUACCAGGAGAUGCAGCCAAUCCUCUUCUCAGACCACACAAACGCUGCCCAGGGAGGUGUGUAUACAGACAGACACACACACAGCUGUGAACUUGGUAACCUCAUCCACUUUUCUUAUCAGGUGGCUCAAGGCAUGGACUUCCUGUCCUCUCAAAAUUGUAUCCACAGGGACGUAGCAGCCAGGAACAUCCUGCUGACAGAGCAUCGUGUUGCUAAGAUCUGUGACUUCGGCCUUGCUCGUGACAUCAGGAAUGAUGACAACUAUGUCGUCCAAGGCAACGCUCGUCUGCCAGUCAAGUGGAUGGCUCCAGAGAGUAUCUUUGAGUGUAUUUACACCACACAAAGUGACGUCUGGUCUUAUGGAGUUCUUCUCUGGGAGAUCUUCUCACUGGGUCAGAGUCCAUAUCCCAAUAUGGCCGUGGAUUCUAACUUCUACAAGAUGAUCAAAGAUGGCCGUCACAUGUCUCAGCCAGACUUCGCUCCCUCCAAGAUGUAUCAGCUGAUGGUUCGCUGCUGGAGUCUAGAGCCUACAGAGAGACCGACCUUCAACACCAUCACUCAACUCAUGAAGAGACUCUUCACCUCCUACAAUGACACGCUGCCACAUCACACAGGACAGCCAAACUACAGUAACCUAUCAGGUUCUUGUGGGGAAAAGGAGAGGAGAGAGGGAGAAGAGAAGGAGCUUAAGGGAGGACAGGAGGUGGCGAGUCUUCAUGGAGACCUGCAGGAGGAAGACGAGGGGCCGCUGAUGAGCAUGAAGAAGAACAUCUACCAUGUCUGCUGAGUGACAUGCAGAGAAAGUGUGAUUUCAUCUGUGUCAGUUUCCCUUUUUGUUGUUGUUGUUGAAUGUUUGGUGAAUCUGAGAAGCAAUUUAAGCCGUCUGUUGACUCAAUGAGCUGCGUCAGUAAAGAACAACAGACGAGUGAAAGAAAGACACGGACUAAUCUAAAGCCAAAUGGUAGUUCAUGUUUGUUAAAACAAAAAGAGAGCAAACAUGGACGGACAGAGACAAACAGACAGACAGACAGACAGACAGACAUGGUGUAGUUACAUUUGAAAGCUCACUGAGAAUAAAAAAAAACCUUUUUUAGCACCUGUGAUGAUGAGAUGGAUCCACUUUCUUCCUACUCUCUGGGUUCAUGUGAUUUGAUAACUUUAUGAUGUGUUGUGUUUUUCAAUCAAAAUCUUUUCAGAUCAUGUGUUUUUAAUAAAACUGAAA